AUGACUUCACGACGACCAAAUCGCGCUGUCGCUUCAAGCGACCAUCUACAACAUCGCCGUGCUCGCCGGCGUUACCUGCGUGCCCAAUUUCGGCUUGCCCGCCGACUUCGUCGGCCAACAACACCACCACCGCCGCCAUCACCACAAUCACCAUCACCACAGGCCGCUGGCGGAGACAGUAUCAGCGACGAAAGCGGGUCGCUGAGCCCAUCAGAAUCCCGUGACUGGGAGCAGCUGCGGGCCCGCGUUCGAAGGGCCUAUGUUGAUCAUGAAAAUCGGCAAGCCGAGGAUGCUGCUGCAGAGCCGGAGCCAGAAGAAGAUGAAGGGGAGGACGAGGACGAAGAUGAAGAGGAGGAGGAGUAUGAAGAAGCUCCCUUGUCGGACGAAGACUGGGAUGACUUCCAAGCCCGCAUAAACGCGCGAGCAAAUGAAUAA